UUUGGCGGGAACGCUAGGAGUGAAGUUGUGUGAUUUGUUUUAUUUUGUAUAUUUAGUGUUUCUUCAGGUUUAAAUGUGGAAUAACGGUGGUUUAUUAACUGUUUAAUAUCUGCAAAAGUGCACAAGGGUGGGAAAAUGAAAUAAAGCCGCUGGACGUAACUUCUCGGGAUCCUCCAAAAAGUCCGCUGAAAAAAUCUCAGUAAAUGACCACUAUUUUACUGAGAUUAUAUUUCAUCCCAUAUCAUCUCGUUUCAUUUAAUUUCAUUCCAGUUGAUUAAUCUCCCAAAUUAAUCAUUUUCAUUUACUUGACUUAAAGAUCUUAGUUACCAGAGAAUAUAUAGAGCAGACAAGGCAGUAUGGGCUUAGAUCCCCUUGCCUUUCCUAACAAGGAAAAAUUGUACCAAAAAAAAUAUAUCUAUGGUUAGCACUUUUUGGCGGGAAGUCAAACCUAUUAGGCGGAAUUUUUUGAAAGAAAAUUUUCACAAGUUGUUUUUACCAGGAAUUUGUAACCAGGCAUAUAAUCUCACUAUUUAUAGGUGAGCUUCAACAUGAGGGGCAAGCGCAAAAAGCGCAAAGCCGACGAUCUACAUCAAGAUGUGGCAAGUGUCGACGACUCAGAUACUUCGACCGAUACUGCUGAAACUGAUAAGUAUACCAUUUAUAAAUCGGAAAAUUACUGCCGUCAGUAUCCAGAAGAUGGCGGUAAUUUUGAAUAUAUUGUAAUAUAUGAAAGUUCCGAAACCAGGCCAAUAGGCGACAGAGACCUCAUGUCCCUUGGCGCUUCAUUGAAACGAGGCAACAAGGGCAUAAAAAGAUUUAAGAGAAUAAACAAAUACAAAAUCGGAGCUAUAUUCGAGCGGCCAGGGUUAGCUAAUAGCGCCCUAUAUAAUACCAAAACAUUAAAGGACCUGCACCUAAAAGCAUCAAUUCCCGCUUUACUCACUGAAACUACUGGUGUAAUUCGAAAUGUUCCCACUUAUAUGUCGAACAAAAACAUAUAUAAUGGAUUAUCAAGUUCCAGAGAUGUAGUUUCCGUGCGUCGACUUAUGCGUCGAGGCCGCGAUGAGGACGGCAAAUCGUGUUUGCUGCCCACCCAAACAGUUGCCUUAACUUUCGCCUGCCCUACAUUACCAGACAGUGUUGAUAUAGAUUCAUGGUACUUCGAGGUAAGCCUAUACAUUCCACCAGUUAGCCAAUGCCUGCGUUGUCUACGCUACGGUCAUAUCGGCAAAUUUUGUAAGAAUUCGCAAAAAUGCACCAUCUGCGGUGAAGAACACCUAUACAGAGACUGCCCUAAAGAUCCCAAGGAAGCCAUUUGUGUUCACUGCAGUGGCAAUCACAUAGCAAUUUCUUCAGAUUGCCCUAUUAAGAAAAAAAAAAUUGAAGAAAAUAGAACUAAAUACCAAAAAGUUGCAUACGCCGAUUUAUUCAAUGAGAAGUCUUUUCCAACAUUAAACAAGUCUAAACCAACUGAUAAUAUAAAAAACCUCCUACAGUGCGAUGACUUUGUAAACUUACUUAUUUCUUCUAUUAUCAAAAUAAUAUCUCUCAACAAGUCUGACGAAACGCCUGUUACUUCUGCAGGCAUCAAAAGCAUUCUAUUAGAUACUUUCAGUACAAACAAAAACAGAAAUAAACUUAAAACCACUUAAUUUUUUUAUGGACCACUUGAAUAUAAUUCAGUGGAAUGCUCAAAGUCUAUCUAGUAAUAAACAUGCUUUUACAUAUUUCCUUUACAAUAAUGAUAUACAUAUUGCUUUAAUUUCUGAAACAUGGUUAAAACCCGAAAAAAAAUUUAAUAUCAAAGGUUACAAAAUAGAAAGAUUAGAUAUUGGUAGCAACCAUAAUGGUGUUGCUAUACUUAUAAAAAAUAAUUUAAACUAUAUUAGAUUAAAUACAUUACAUGAUGAUUCUUUGCAGAACAUAGCUAUUAGAUUACAGUUCAACAAUGAAGAAAUCUCUAUUGUUAGCUUCUAUAGUCCUACUUCAGCUGCCUCGCAAAAUUUUACUUAUACACAUAUCAAUAAUUUGAUUGAUUCUCUUCCAAAGCCCUUGCUAUUGGCAGGUGAUUUUAAUGCUCAUCAUACAAUGUGGGGUUGCACUUCGAAUAAUGGUCGUGGUACAACACUACAUAGUAUUAUUGAAGAUAGUGAUCUUUGUAUACUCAAUGAUGGACAAGCCACCACUGUGGGUUCCCACAAAUGGCGUCCCAAUGCAUUAGAUCUCACAAUUGUUUCAUCAUCACUAUCACUUCGUUGCAACUGGUCUGUUCACAAUGAUCCAAUGGGCAGCUAUCACUUGCCAACUGUCACUAGCAUCUUGUUCAGCUAUUCUGAAAAUACAAAUAACAAAGCAAGUCAGGGUAAUUUUUCCAAACCAAGCUACGUAAAUGUUGACUGGUUCAAGUAUAAACAAAUUGUUGACUCCAAAAUUUUAGAUCACACUUUCGAUUUUUCC